AUGCAAGAGGUGGGGGUGGGAGCUGCAGGGGCGCUCUGGAUCUGUCACUGCGCUGUCCUGAACCGACAGCGGCUGGCGCAGCUGGCUCGGCCCACGUUUAUUUAUUGCUCGCCUGCGCUCUCCCCGAGCCUCGAGCCUCGGGGGCUUCCUCCGCCAGGAGCUCAGCGCGUGCUCCGGCCCCGCUCUCCCCCGCAGCCCCGCGGGCCGAUGGCGGGGCUGCAGGCGCUGCUGGCGCCGCUGCUGGCGCUGGCGCUGGCGCAGGCGGGCAUGGCGGGCGGCGCGGGCUCGGUGCGCCUGGCGGGCGGCCUGACGCUGGGCGGCCUGUUCCCGGUGCACGCGCGGGGCGCGGCGGGCCGGGCGUGCGGGCCGCUGAAGAAGGAGCAGGGCGUGCACCGGCUCGAGGCCAUGCUGUACGCGCUGGACCGCGUGAACGCCGACCCCGCGCUGCUGCCCGGCGUGCGCCUGGGCGCGCGGCUGCUCGACACCUGCUCGCGGGACACGUACGCGCUGGAGCAGGCGCUGAGCUUCGUGCAGGCGCUGAUCCGCGGCCGCGGCGACGGCGACGAGGCGGCCGUGCGCUGUCCCGGCGGCGCCCCGCCGCUGCGCGCCGCGCCCCCCGAGCGCGUGGUGGCCGUCGUGGGAGCCUCGGCCAGCUCCGUCUCCAUCAUGGUCGCCAACGUGCUGCGCCUGUUUGCGAUACCCCAGAUCAGCUACGCUUCCACAGCCCCUGAGCUCAGCGACUCCACACGCUACGACUUCUUCUCCCGCGUGGUGCCACCUGACUCCUACCAGGCCCAGGCCAUGGUGGACAUCGUGCGGGCACUGGGAUGGAACUACGUGUCCACGCUGGCCUCAGAGGGCAACUAUGGCGAGAGCGGGGUGGAGGCCUUUGUGCAGAUCUCCCGAGAGGCUGGGGGGGUCUGUAUUGCUCAAUCCAUCAAGAUUCCCAGGGAACCGAAGCCUGGAGAAUUCGAUAAAGUAAUCAGGAGACUCAUGGAGACACCCAACGCCCGGGGCAUCAUUAUCUUUGCCAACGAGGAUGAUAUCAGGAGGGUCCUGGAGGCUGCACGCCAGGCCAACCUGACCGGCCACUUCCUGUGGGUUGGCUCAGACAGCUGGGGAGCCAAGAUCUCACCUGUCCUGAACCUGGAGGAUGUGGCCGUGGGGGCUAUCACCAUCCUGCCCAAAAGGGCCUCCAUCGAUGGGUUUGACCAGUACUUCAUGACUCGCUCCCUGGAGAAUAAUCGCCGGAACAUCUGGUUUGCUGAGUUCUGGGAAGAGAAUUUUAACUGCAAACUGACCAGCUCAGGUACCCAGUCAGACGAUUCCACCCGCAAAUGCACAGGCGAGGAACGCAUCGGCCGGGACUCUGCCUACGAGCAGGAGGGGAAGGUGCAGUUUGUGAUCGAUGCUGUGUACGCCAUUGCCCACGCCCUACACAGCAUGCACCAGGCUCUCUGCCCUGGGCACACAGGCCUGUGCCCAGCCAUGGAGCCCACCGACGGGCGGACGCUGCUGCAGUAUAUUCGAGCCGUACGUUUCAAUGGCAGUGCAGGAACCCCUGUGAUGUUCAAUGAGAAUGGGGACGCACCCGGGCGAUACGACAUCUUCCAGUAUCAGGCGACCAAUGGCAGUGCGGGCAGUGGCGGCUACCAGGCCGUGGGCCAGUGGGCGGAGACCCUCAGGCUGGAUGUGGAAGCCCUGCAGUGGUCGGGAGACCUCCGCGAGGUGCCUGCGUCUCAGUGCAGCCUCCCCUGUGGGCCGGGUGAGCGGAAAAAGAUGGUGAAGGGCGUCCCCUGCUGUUGGCACUGCGAGGCCUGUGACGGGUACCGCUUCCAGGUGGACGAGUUCACGUGCGAGGCCUGCCCGGGGCACAUGAGGCCCACGCGCAACCACACGGGCUGCCGCCCCACGCCCGUGGUCCGCCUGUCCUGGGCCUCGCCCUGGGCGGCCCCGCCCCUCCUCCUGGCCGUGCUGGGCAUCAUGGCCACCACCACGGUGGUGGCUACCUUCGUGCGACACAACAACACGCCCAUCGUCCGGGCCUCUGGCCGCGAGCUCAGCUACGUCCUCCUCACCGGCAUCUUCCUCAUCUACGCCAUCACCUUCCUCAUGGUGGCCGAGCCCGGGGCGGCUGUCUGCGCCGGCCGCAGGCUCUUCCUCGGCCUGGGUACCACCCUCAGCUACUCCGCCUUGCUCACCAAGACCAACCGCAUCUACCGCAUCUUCGAGCAAGGGAAGCGCUCGGUCACGCCCCCGCCCUUCAUCAGCCCCACCUCGCAGCUCGUCAUCACCUUCAGCCUCACCUCCGUGCAGGUGGUGGGAGUGAUGGCAUGGUUGGGGGCCCAGCCCCCACACAGCGUGAUCGACUACGAAGAGCAGCGGACGGUGGACCCGGAGCAGGCCAGAGGGGUGCUCAAGUGCGACAUGUCGGAUCUGUCCCUCAUCGGCUGCCUGGGCUACAGCCUGCUGCUCAUGGUCACAUGCACGGUGUAUGCCAUCAAGGCCCGUGGCGUGCCCGAGACCUUCAACGAGGCCAAGCCCAUCGGCUUCACCAUGUACACCACGUGCAUCGUCUGGCUGGCCUUUGUGCCCAUCUUCUUCGGCACCGCCCAGUCAGCCGAAAAGAUCUACAUCCAAACCACCACGCUGACCGUGUCCUUAAGCCUGAGCGCGUCGGUGUCCCUCGGCAUGCUCUACGUACCCAAAACCUACGUCAUCCUGUUCCACCCGGAGCAGAACGUGCAGAAGCGGAAGCGGAGCCUCAAGGCCACCUCCACCGCGGCGGCCCCACCCAAGGGAGAGGACACAGAGGCCCCCAAGUAG